AUGUCAAUGGAAGCUGUAGAAAGACUUGUUCCUUAUGAACUCGUGGACAUUGGGGCGAACCUCGGACAUCCUCUCUUUAAAAGUGAUCUCGAUGACGUCUUGAUGCGUGCGAAACAAUCAGGGAUAUCGAAGCUGAUGAUAACCGGCACUUGCGAGAAAAUCAGUAAGGAAAGCAUGAAACUCGCUGAAACAAUGCCUGGAUUCCUCUAUUUUACUGCUGGAGUACAUCCGCAUGAUGCAAAAGAUUUUGACAAUAAUACUCUUGAUAAUCUGAGAGCCUUGCAAGCGCAUGCGCAGUGCGUUGCUGUGGGAGAAUGCGGGCUUGGAUUUUAA